CUCUCUACAUUUUUUUAGGAAAAGCAGACUUUGUUUAAGAAGCUCUGAGCUGUACAAAAGCCAUAGUUAUCAGCCCCUUAAGGAUCUGCAACCCUCUCUUUCUAUCUCUCUCUUUUUUCUCUCUCUAGCGAUACGCCAAGCGCGUGAGCUGAGGAUCGUCCUCUUGUCAUCGUCGUCAGCUUGGAGGCUGCAGAGGUAGACCAACCUCUCCGUCUGCAGCAAAUUCAGGUCAGUUCUCAAUACAUGCAAUGGGGGAAAUGGCUAAUCGAGUGAAGGAGGAUGAAAAGAAUGAACGAAUUAUUCGUGGACUGCUCAAACUUCCCGAGAAUCGUAGAUGCAUUAACUGUAAUAGUUUGGGACCACAAUAUGUUUGCACUAAUUUCUUGACGUUUAUUUGCACAACAUGCAGUGGAAUACACCGAGAGUUCACACACCGAGUGAAAUCAGUAUCAAUGGCUAAAUUUACAUCACAAGAAGUUAAUGCUCUUCAAGAAGGGGGAAACCAGCGUGCAAAGGAGAUUUACCUGAAAGAAUGGGACCCACAGCGGAAUUCUUUCCCAGACAGCAGUAAUGUCGAGAGGCUUAGAGAUUUUAUUAAGCAUGUUUAUGUGGAUAGAAGAUAUAAUGGUGAAAGGAACUUUGACAAACCUCCUAGGGUAAAGAUGGGUGAGAAGGAUGAAUCAUAUGAAAGCAGGAGAACAGAUUCAUAUCAAGGAGGGUCUAGAAGUCCACCAUAUGAGGAUAAUGAGCGUCGUUAUAAUGAGAAAUCAAGCCCUGGAGCAAGAAGUUAUGAGGAACGAAGAAGUCCUGGUUAUGAUCAAGAAAUUCGGCAGUAUGGUGAUCAUAGAAAGAGUCCUGCCCGUCCUGAAGUUGUUAAUGAUUGGCGCCGGGAUGACAGGUUUGGUAAUGGAAGGAGACAAGACGAUCGGAGAAUGUCUGAUGGAGAUCUAAAGCUGGAAGGUAGAUCACCAGAGCGACCAAAAGAUCUAGGGGCCUCCAGUCCUCCUGUGGUAAGGCCUGUUAGAGAGAUUUUAGGGGAGAACACAAUACCUCUUCGUAUUAGUGAGCCUCCAAAACCUACUUCCAGGACUUCUGAUGUCCCUGCACAGACACAGAGAACUGUAUCCUCCAGUAGUUUGGGAUCAGCCAGUGGGAACCCGGCGCCGGCGGAAGUAAAAGUGGAGACUUCUCGAAGUUUAAUUGAUUUUGAUGCUGAUCCUGAACCUCCUAUUGCAGCAGCAGCAGCAGCAGCACCUGAGCAACAACCGGCAAUAGCUCAGUCCACUUCACAGCCUGCAAAUGCAAUCAUUGACAACAACUGGGCCUCAUUUGAUGCAUUCCCGCAGGCAAAAGUGUCUCAAGCUCCUAUUGUGAAUCCACUGGAAUCUGUACUAUCACAAUUAUCGGUUCCAGCACCUGCUCCUCAUAGUUCUGGUGCACCGGGCCACACUGCUACCAUGACAACUUCUGUGAACAACCUGUUAGUAGCUCCUCUGGAUGGUGUUUCAGUUGCUGCCCCUGUAUCAACACCAGUUUUGCCAGUCAAUGGUGGUAACACUCUUGUCAAUAUGCCUGGUGCUAUGCAGUGGCCUACCAUGCAACAGCAGCAACAGCCUUCCCUUUUCCCUGCUGCUGGUAAUCAGUCAAGUGGACUGCAAUUCCAACAACCUGUAACCGGACCUUCUAGCUUUCAGCCAUGGAAUUUUCCGCCCGCACCUAAUUCACAAGGGUUACCUAAUAAUUUAACAACACAGGCACCCCCGUCUGUUUUGCAACCUGCCCAUGACGUCAAUUCUGCUGUUGUAUCACAACCUUCUGCUGCCGAUGUAAAAUCAAGUGGAAGGAUGGCAUUGCCAGAGGAUCUUUUUGCUGUAAGCUAUCCAGCCUUCCGUGCACCAGUUCCUGGGUGGCAAACUGGACAACCUGGUGGUAUGGGGUUCCCCAUUCAAUAUAAUACUGCAGUGCCCAUGCAUACUUUCCAGCAGUCAUCGAAAUCAACAAAUCCAUUUGAUCUGAACAGUGAACAUCCUCCAGUUCAAGUUCAGACAUUUCCUUCCAUGCAAUCUUUGCAAGGCGCUCUUCCGAAUGUGAUGAAUCCAUCUGGCAUGCCUCCGUCAGUCAUGCAGCCUUCGGGCUUAAUUCGCACUUCCAGCCUUGGUGCCCCACAGUCUGCAUGGAUGCCCCAGUCAUACACACCAGCAUUUCCUCCCCAAGCUCCCCAGUAUGGAUCAGCACUGCCACCAAGGGCCUACAUGGGGCAACAAGUUCCUAACAUGCUACCUUCAGGGCAUCAAGCAGUUGGGGGUGUUGUUCCUGACGCUUUUGGCUCAUUAAAUGUUGAUCAACAGAUGGCUGGUAGAUUUUCCGCACCUGCUACCCCGACUCCUUUUCCGUCUGUUGGAGGAAACCCAUUUGGGUAAAAUACAAAGAAGGUAGCCUCAUUAAUCGUGUUUAGGCUAUAAGCAUCAUCUUGCUGCUGCCUAUAUGUAAUUGGCAGGCUGAAGUUUUGGAUUUCUACGUUGUUCCUAGUCAAGUUAUCCAGCCUGCUGACAGAUUUGUUUGAAUUAUCCAUGGGGUCAAGAUCACAAGAUCUGCACUAGCCAUGUAAAAUCUGUUUGAUGAUGUAACAAAAGAAGAGUUAAGAAAGAGAGAGAAGAGAGUACAUAACUUAAAGGGAAAGGAAAGGAAAGGAAAGGAAAAUAGUUUCGAGGGAGACCAAGAUUAUUUUUAUAUAUAUAUAUUUUUUUGGUCUGUUUGGUACUAUGGUGCCUAGAUCUUUUUUUUUUAGAGUUAUAGGAAGGGUGAUCUGUGUGUUUGUUUGCUGCCCCUUGGAGCCUAGACCUUAUUGUCCGAGUUGUAUGAGUUUUUUGCUUCUCUUUCCUCAUUAUGCAAUGUUACAGUGGAAUGAAGUUUGUAUGGUAAAAAUUGUUUCACGAUCGAUAGCCAAGACUUUUCCGACUGUUCGAUAUGAUUUUUACAUAUUCCUAGAUUUUAAGUUUUUGCUCGUGUUCUUCGUAAGGGUUUCUGCUGGCACGGCCACUUUCUCCCAUUGUGUAAAACCCAAUAAAGGAAUUGUAGAUUACAGAUCUUUGAUUUACUAA